AUGAAAUUAGCUUUAUCGUCAGUCCCUCCAACGGACAGCACCGUCAAAGAAUUCAUGGCAUCUGUGGAAGCAGAUGUUUCAGCAUUGCGAAUCAUCGAUGGUGACCUUCUGGACACAGCAACCUUCCUAAAACAAACGUUGAAUAUCACUGUAUCCAUCAUUGGCAAGCUUUCGAAGGCACACCCCCUGCUCAAUGUAUCGUGGACAGUCAUUGCUGAAUUGUACGAGGUCGUCAAGCGGACCCAUGAGGAGGACGAAUCCAUACAAGACCUUGCGAAGGUUCUGCACGAGCUGUUGGCCACGGCAAAUGAACUGCAGGACUUGCCAGUUAUUGCGAGUACCACAAAUGUCAUUGAGGACAUUGCCCGUCAAUCUCUCCGUGUUGCUGCCCUCAUUCAUGAUUAUGCCAGUCGGACUCUUGCAGGGAGAAUUUUAAGGACACCGCUAGGGGAGAUGAAAUCACGCAUUGAAAAAUGCCAAAAGGAUUGUACAUUUCUCAGGCAAAGACUUUACGGCAGGGUCCAUAUCGAUAACAGGCGUACGUUGGACGUCUUGAAAGAGCAUAUUUUAGCGGACAAGAUUUACAAGUGGUUAUGGCCAUCAGAACGUCCGAUAGAUAUUUCUCAGAAUUAUAACGAGGCACAUGGAAAACGUCAAUCUGGAACUUGCUUGUGGUUUUAUGAAGAUGAGAGAUUCUCUCGAUGGUUGGAACGCCCUGGAUUUAUCUGGGUGCAUGGGCAAGCUGGAAGUGGAAAGACUAUCCUCAUCUCCUCGAUUAUAGAUAGGCUCCCAGAACCAAAUUUGUCAACGGGAGUCGGAUACUUCCUCUUUGAUGCACGGGACGGACAAAUGGAUUCUCAGCAACAUAUGAAGUUUAUUCGCUCUCUGCUGUAUCAACUCUCUGACGCACGCCACGGUGGGAUUCCACAAGAUGUGGUAAAUUUGUACCAUAAAUGUGGGGCAGCGCAACCACUGGAUGACCAGUUAGAGGAUCUACUGCGCCGUAUUUUGGCUCGGUUUGAACGUGUGUUCGUUGUCAUUGACGCACUCGAUGAGUGUGCAGAUCGUCAUAGGACGCGUGAUUGGAUCAAGAGUGUUUUGAAAAUAUCAGGUGGACGAAUUCACCUUGUGAUCACCAGUAGGCCGGAACUAGACAUCAAGGACGUCUUUGAAGAACUUUGUGAUUACUCUGUCGAUGUUGGGACCGCGGAAAACAACACUGACAUAGCCACAUACAUCGACGAGCAAAUGCGAUUGUCCUUUACCAACCUUGACAAGGAAAGUCGGGAUGCCAUAGCGUCAAGCUUAAAGAACAAGGCUGAAGGAUCAUUCCGGUACAUUGCAUUGCAGCUCGCAGAACUGGAGGCCUGCUCCAGUAGAGACGAACUUGAAAAGGCUUUGAUCAACCUACCGGAAGGCCUGGACGAGAUCUAUGACAGAAUCUUGCGUAAAUGCGAGCGGAAACAUGUGUUUGAGCUUAAAACAUUUCUUCAAUUCCUGGCGUUUUCGACACGCCCAAUGUCGGUGGAUGAGCUUGCCGAGACCAUCACCAUCGACUUCUCCUCACCAAACUCUCCUACUUUCAAUCCUAAGAAGAGAUAUCUUGAUCCAAACACUGUACUGAAGCGAUGUGGUGGGCUGGUUACCAUUCUGGUACGCUACUCUUCUACAGAAACGUGUGCUCCAACAGUCAUUCUGUCUCAUUUUUCCGUAAAGGAAUACCUUAUAUCCAAUCGUAUCCGUGAUGAAUUCCGCACAACAAGGAUCCAGUCUCAUAACCAUCUCACGACAGUAUUAACGGUUUAUUUACUGGAAAUGGAGGCGGUGGAAGCCGCAUCAGAACAUCCUACAGCACUGGCAUAUUAUGCCGCACGCAAUUGGGAAGAGUACAUUAAGUUUGCCGUUAUAAAAAAAUCUUCCGUUCUUUUUGAAAUGGUCCUGAAGCUCCUCCGCCGUAGAGAUGGCAUGCUGCUCAAGUACUUUAACACUUGGUCAAAAACCUUUGAACUAGAUCCGUUAUAUGUUGCAGCACUUCACGGACUACAUCCAGUGGUUGAAAGCCUAUUAGAGGCAGGGGAGGACCCAAAUGCCACAUGUGGUACAUUGGGAAAUGCACUCCAAGCAGCGUGCAUCAAAAUUGAUAGGGACAUGGGUGGGGUUAUUUCGGACGACGAAGACACUAUUGCUCAAGAAAGCGAUUACGAGGCAGUAGUGAGUCUAAUACUAAAAAACGGGGCAGAUGUCAAUGCGGCAGGCGGUGAAUAUGACACCGCUCUUCAGGCAGCAUGCUACGCAGGGAAUCAACGUUUAGUGGAAAUGUUGCUCGAGAGCGGGGCAGACGUAAAUGCUCAAGGAGGUGAGUCACGGUAUGGAAAUGCACUGCAGGCAGCAGCAUACAGCGGUCACGAUGGGAUAGUGGCUCUUCUGCUGGAACACGGGGCAAAUAUUCAUGCAGAAGGUGGUAAAUAUGGCAACGCACUCCAGGCAGCAUGCUACAAGGGUCACCAAUAUGUGGUGCAGAUGCUACUGGAGCAUGGUGCAGAUACAAAUAUUCAAGAGGGGGAAUUUGGGAAUGCACUCCAGGCAGCAGCAUAUUGUGGUCACCAGAGAAUAGUGACUCUACUUCUAGAACACGGAGCAGACAUCAAUGCUGUAGGUGGUGAAUAUGGAAAUGCACUCCAGGCAGCGUGUUUCAGAGGCAAUCAAUGUUUAGUGGAAAUGCUACUAAAGCAUGGAGCAAAAACGACGGUUCAAGGGGGAGAAUACGGCAACGCAAUCCAGGCAGCGGCAUUUGGCUGCCACGACAGAAUAGUAACUCUUCUACUAGAACACGGGGCGGAUAUCAAUGCCACAGGCGGUCAAUAUGGCAGUACGCUCCAGGCAGCGUGUUGUAGAGGAAGUCAACGCUUGGUGGAAAUAUUGCUCGAGAACAGGGCAGACGUGAAUGCUCAGGGGGGGCAUUUUGGAAAUGCACUUCAAGCAGCAGCACAGGGUGGUUACAAUGGAAUAGUGACUCUUCUCCUAGAAUAUGGAGCAGACAUCAAUGCCGCAGGCGGUGAAUAUGGUAACGCACUCCAGGCGGCAUGCUACCAAAAGAGUCAACCGUUGGUGGAAAUGCUGCUCAAGAAUGGGGCAGACGUAAAUGCUCAGGGGGGUGAUUUUGGCAACGCCCUCCAGGCAGCAGCGUAUGGCGGUAACAACGGAACAGUGUGUCUUCUGCUGGAACACGGAGCGGAUGUCAACGCCGAAGGCGGCAAAUUUGGCACUGCACUCCAGGCAGCAUGUGAAGCUGGAAACCAAUCUGUGGUGGAAAUACUACUAGAUAAGGGGGCAGACACAGUUAUUCAAGGAGGCCUUUAUGGUAAUGCGCUUCAGGCAGCAGCCUACAGCGGUCACCAAGGGAUAGUCAUUCUUCUUCUGCAGAAUGGGGCGGAUGUUAAUGCUGCAGGUGGUAUAUUGACGUAUGGAAAUGCACUCCAGACAGCAUGCUUCCAAGGUAAUGAAUGUGUGGUGGAAGUAUUACUCAAGAACGGAGCAGAUGCGAAUGCUCAAGAGGGCUCUUAUGACAAUGCUCUCCAAGCAGCAGCAUACAACGGCCACGAUAGGAUAGUGGCUCUUCUGCUAGAACACGGGGCGGACAUCCAUGCUGUAGCAGGUAAACAUGGCAGUGCACUCGAGGCAGCAUGUUCUGGAGGCAGUCAACGUUCGGUCGAAAUGAUAAUGGACCAUAUUUUAUAUGUAAGUCGUCAGGGGCGAGAUUUUGGCAAUGCACUCCAGGCAGCAGCAUUCGGCGGUCACAACAGAAUAGUGACUCUUCUGCUAGAACACGGGGCAGACAUCAAUGCUGUAGGUGGUGAAUAUGGUAGCGUACUCCAAGCAGCAUGCAAUAGAGGCAAUCUAGGUUUAGUGAAGAUGCUAUUGGACCGUGGUGCCGAAAUAAAUACUGAGGGGGGAGAAUUUGGCAAUGCAAUCCAUGCAGCAGCACUUGGCGGCCAUGACGGAGUAGUGACUCUUCUGCUCAAACAAGGGGCAGAUGUCAAUGCCAUAGGUGGUCAAUGUGGCAGCGCACUCCAGGCAGCCUGUUGCAGAGGAAACCUGCGCUUGGUAGAAAUGCUGCUCGAGCACGGGGCAGACGUCAAUGUUCAAUGCGGGAAGUAUGGGAAUGCACUCCAGGCAGCAGCAUGCAGCGGUCACAACAGGAUAGUGGCUCUUUUGCUAGAGCACGGGGCAAAUAUUCAUGCUACAGGCGGGCAAUAUGGCAGCGCACUCCAGGCAGCAUGCUGUGGGGGUAGUCAACACUUGGUGGAAAUGCUGCUUAAGACCGGGGCAGACACAAAUACUCAGGGGGGACAUUUUGGCAACCCACUCCAAGCAGCAGCAUACAACGGUCGCAACGGGAUAGUGGCUUGUUUGCUAGAACACGGGGCGAAUGUCAAUGCGAAAGGCGGCGAAUAUGGCAGUGCACUCCAGGCGGCAUGCUUGCGGGGCCAUAAAUAUGUGGUGAAAAUGUUACUACAGAAUGGGGCAGACACUGUCAUUCAAGGAGGCGUUUAUGGCAAUGCACUUCAAGCAGCAGCAUACGGUGCUCACGAUGGGAUAGUCAUUCUUCUUCUGCAAAAUGGUGCAGUUAUUAAUGCCACGGGGGGUAAAUAUGGAAAUGCACUCCAGGCAGUCUGUGAAAAUAAAUAUCAUUGGAGUCCAACUCGUCGUGAGAAGGUUAUCGAGGUGCUUCUCGAAUACGGAGCUGAGGUGACCUCAUUGGAAUAUGCGACCAACAUAAGCAAUCCGGUCCUUCAACAGAAGCUCCUCGAUGGAUUUGAGGAUUACCAGAGAAAUUCUAUGGCGAUGUUUUGCCCAUCAGGAAUAGCAUGCGCGUAG